UGGAAUUGGAACAUUGUGACCUAUAUUUUAUUGAUAGUACAGCUUCGUGAAGGUUCACUACAGUUCGUGUAAGCAGCUGGUCCGAUCACGAGCGGCGUUUAUACAGAGUCCUCUUCCCCUGUCACAUAGUUGUUACACAAUGGCUACUUCUAAACGACAGUACUUUGAGUACAUUGUCAUUGGUUGUGGAGGGAUAGGCAGUGGGGCUCUGUACUGGUUGUCUAAGCGUUCUAGUUCAGUCCUUGGUCUCGAGCAGUUUUCUCUCGGUCAUGAGCGAGGAGGCUCACAAGACGUAUCAAGGAUCAUCCGACUGACGUACCAUGAUGACCGCUACACCAAACUGACUCCAGACACCUUCAAGGCUUGGGGACAGAUAGAGCGCGAGUCCGGCCUCCAGGUCGUGUGGAUGACCGGGGGUCUGCAGCUGUCCAGAAAGGGACAGACUGACGCCAUCAUGGAGAAGUACGCCGUAGCUAUGGACAGAAACAACAUCAAAUACGACAGGUUGUCAAACAAGCAACUGAUGGCCCGCUACCCACAGUUCACAGUGGGUCCAGAUAUCGUGGCCUUGUACCAGGAGCAGGGCGGCCUCGUGGACGCGGCCAUGGGGAACGCUGUCCACAUUCAGCUGGCCAGGGGUAACGGGGCUACAAUCCUCGAGAACUGUCCCGCUACCAGGCUGACUAGGGCCAACAACGGCAACGUCAUUGUCCACACAACGAAGGGCGUGUUCGAGUGCCGGAAGGUGGUGGUGACGUCAGGGGGUUGGCUCAACUCAGUUCUGGGGACGAUCGGCGUCCACGUCCCCGUCACCGUCACACAGGAGCAGGUGACGUACUACGCCACGCCGCACAUGAAGGAGUUCACCGAGAAAAAGUACCCCAUCUGGAUUUUCCACUGCCCCCGUUACGACAUCUACGCCCUUCCCAUCCACGGCAACACGGGGUCGAAGAUCGGGGUCGACGCCGGGGGUAAUAUAGUCACCGCUGACACAAGGACCUUUGAGCCGGAUCCUGCUCGAGAGCGGAUCUGUACAGAGCUCCUGCAGGAGAUUUGUCCCAAGUUCCUGGGACCAAUCCUCCAGACCAAGACUUGUCUGUACACCAUGACUCCAGACAGGAAUUUCGUGGUCGACACAUGCGCAUACAAGGGCUGGUCUGACGUCAUCGUUUGUUGUGGAGCUGGACAUGCGUACAAAUUUGCAAGUCUGCUUGGUAAGAUCUUAAGCGAACUCGCCGUUGAUGGACGUACCCAGUAUGACAUCAGUCAGUUCAACAUCACCAGAGACGCCAUCCAGGACCCCACCUUCAAACCAACGUUUUUCAUGGGCAGUGGUGUAGAGGCGAAACUAUAAUCGGAAGGCCCACUGGGCUUACACGAAAUAAAUACUAGAAUCCCAAGUCCAUGUUUCUGGGUGCCAUUCCUCAAUAUUGCUUUUCUUUUAUAUACAUUUGGUUGGUGUUUUAGUCCAUUUUUGAUUCAAUAAUGUAAAUGGUGGUACGUCCUCAUGAUGUGAAUGCACCCCAUUCCCAUGCCAAUGUGUACUGCCUAAUUUACCUGCUGUACUUAAGACAAUGUUAAUAAACAAUGUUAAUUAAAAGAUUUACAUUCUGUAA